AUGGACAAUCUAGAGGAGAACGGGAUGGUGGUGGAUGAAUAUGACCAAUAUAACAAUGACCAGACUGAUGUCGUUCUUGUUUCGCCGUCAGGUUCGCCGAGCGAGCCGGAACCUGAACCUCUCGCCGAUGAUUAUGAUUCGAUGAUGGCCAGAGUCCUUCCUGAACUCCCCGAUUUGGAAAUAGUCGCACAGGGACACCACACAUGGAAUAUCGAGAACUGGACGAAGCUGUCGCGAAAGGAACGUGGCCCAAUCUUUGAGUGUGGAGGGUCUCCUUGGAGAGUGUUAUUCUUCCCCUUCGGAAAUCAAGUCCCCGAAUAUGCAUCGUUCUACCUUGAACAUGGUUACGAAGACGGGCCUCCUGAAAACUGGUACAGUUGCGCCCAGUUCGCGCUGGUCCUAUGGAACAAGAAUAAUCCUUCGAUCUACGUCUCACAUGUUGCGACACAUCGAUUCAACGCGAGCGACGGAGAUUGGGGUUUCACAAGGUUUUGUGAGCUCCGCAAGUUAUUCCAAGGCCCUUUUGACGAGCAGGGCUCCCCGCUGGUAGAGAAUGAGCAAGCGUCACUUACAGUUUAUAUCCGAAUUGUAAAAGAUCCUACAGGCGUGCUAUGGCACAGCUUCAGAGACUACGAUUCUAAAAAAGAAACUGGCAUGGUUGGCCUUAAGAACCAAGGAGCCACAUGCUAUUUGAAUUCUCUCAUACAGUCCCUCUAUUUUACUAACGCCUUUCGAAAGGCCGUAUACCAGAUUCCCACCGAAGAAGAUGCGAACAGAUCAAACAGCGCCUGGACGCUGCAGCGAUUGUUCUAUUCCCUCCAGACGAGCGAUUGCCCAGUGUCGACGCAAGAAUUGACGUCCUCCUUCGGAUGGGAAUCAAAGCAAAUCUUUGAGCAACAAGAUGUCCAGGAAUUGUGUCGAAAAUUAAUGGAACGUUUAGAGGAGAAAAUGAAAGGCACCCCAGCAGAAAAGGCACUUCCGGAGCUCUUUGUCGGCAAAACGAAAACGUACAUAUCAUGCAUUAACGUUGAUUACGAAUCGUCACGAAUAGAAGAUUUCUGGGAUAUCCAACUUAACGUUCGCGGUAAUAAGACCCUUGAUGAUAGUUUCAAAGAUUACGUUCAGGUGGAGACGCUGGAAGGGGAGAACAAGUACGAUGCGGGCCCGCCUUAUGGGUUACAGGACGCUAAGAAAGGAGUCAUAUUUGAGACCUUCCCUCCCGUUCUGCAUCUUCAUCUAAAGCGAUUUGAAUACGACAUCAAUCGUGAUGCAAUGAUGAAAGUUAAUGAUCGGUACGAAUUUCCAGAGGAGUUUGAUGCUUCCCCUUACCUAUCCGAGAAUGCAGACAAGUCAGAGCCGUGGAUAUAUCAACUAUACGGUGUCCUUGUCCAUGCUGGUGAUUCAAAUGCUGGCCAUUAUUAUGGCUUUUUGAGGCCGACAAAGGAUGGUCAUUUUUACAGGUUCGACGAUGACAAAGUCGUUAGGGCGACUAUGAAGGAGACUCUCGAAGAGAAUUUUGGUGGAGAGUACGGGGUUCUUCCCAACGGAAACAUUGGGAUGCGCCAACCAUUUUCGAGGACAUAUUCGACAAAACGAUCAAUGAACGCCUACAUGCUGGUAUACCUUCGCAAGUCGCGAGUAGACGAGAUACUAGUCGAAGUUAUGAAAGAAGAUAUCCCCGCUCACCUUGAGAAACGAAUCGUCGAGGAUCGUGCGGAACUCGCAAGGCGAAAAAAAGAACGCGAGGAGCAGCACCUGUACAUGAGUGUUGGAGUGAUAUCUGAUGAGACAUUCAAACAUCACCAUGGCUUUGACCUCACGGGAUUCGAUCUGGAGGCCACGGAUCCUGCCGCCCCGGAAAUGUAUCGGAUCCUACGGACUACACCAGUAGGGGAUUUUGCAAAGCAGGUAGCUCAGGAGAAAGGAUUGACCGCAGACCAAGUAAGAUUCUGGGUAAUGGUUAACCGACAGAAUAAGACUACACGACCGGAUCAACCGUUAAAAGACUUGGAGAUGUCCCUGGACCAUGCUUUCAAUGAUUUUGGCACGAAAGGGAACCCUUUCCGGCUCUGGCUCGAGAUAGGAGAACCGGGAGCAGAUGGAAAAGUUACUUGGCCAGAGACGCGGGGAUCAAAUGCUCUUACUCUAAUUUUCUUAAAAUACUUUGACGUCCACGCCCAAACGUUGACCGGAGUCAAGCAUGUUUUUGUUCGGAAGCAGUCAAAGGUUUCUGAGCUCAGCAGCACGAUUCUUGACGCCAUGAAAUGGCCUCCUGGUACAUCGUUUCUUUUAUUCGAGGAAAUCAAGCAUUCUAUGAUCGAUGCGAUGAAACCCAAGCAAACGUUCCAGCAAUCCGAGAUUCAAGACGGUGACAUUAUCUGUUUCCAACGGUCGAUAAACGAAUCUGAGCUACCUCCUACAGCAAUCUAUCGGAAUGUCCAACAAUAUUACGAUUUUCUGUUGAACCGUAUUACGGUUAAAUUUGCGCCGAUUGAUCCUGACGCCGAAGAGACCUUCACCCUGACACUUAGCAAGAAAAUGACCUACGAGCAAUUCUCAACUAAAGUAGGCGAGCAUUUGAAAGUUGAACCGACUCAUUUGCGAUUUGCACCUGUUGUCAUGAAUAGUGGAAAGCCAAAAGCUUUUAUCAAACGGAAUGUGCCUCAGAAUCUUGGACAGAUACUUACUAGUCAAUUUUCUACGUACGGAUAUGGCGGUCAUCGGUCUGACGCACUUUUCUAUGAGGUCUUGGAAACGAGUCUAAGCGAGUACGAAAUGAAGAAAAUCUUCAAAGUUACUUGGCUUCUUGAAGGGAUUGUUAAAGAGCAAACAUAUGAAAUCCUUAUCGCAAAGAAUGGCGUUGCUUCCGACUUACUGGCCGGUUUGCAGAAGAAAGCCAAUAUUGACGAAGAAACUAUGCGGCAUGUACGGCUCUAUGAGGCCUAUUCCGGCAAAUUUUAUAGAGAGCUUAACGACAGCUACAGCGUUGCUGGUAUCACUGGUUAUGUUAGCCUAUACGCCGAAAAGAUACCCGACGAAGAAUUGAACAUGCAAGAAGGCGAAUCCAGAAUCAAUGCGUUUAACUUCGACAGGGACCCACAAAAGCCGUACGGUUGUCCUUUCAAAUUUGUGGUAAAACCGGGCGAGACAUUCAAAGACACCAAGGAGCGGUUAUCAAAACGAACGGGUAUCAAAGGCAAGCAAUUCGAAAAGAUCAAGUUUGCUCUUGUCUCCCGCGGUCCAUAUCCCAAAACGUUGUAUCUCGACGACGAUCAUGUCCUAGCCGAUUUGUUCACAGAUCCUGAAUAUCAACUCGGUCUUGAUCAUGUAAAUAAGAAUCGGAAUUUCUGGAACCGUGGCGAGAGCUUCUUCAUUCGAUAG